AUGAAGGGACCACUGCAGCAUUGGAGAGAAACACCGCGCGCUUACUUGAACUGGAAGCUCGCUUAUGCCGUUGCUGUCAUUGGAUUGAUGGGAUUGAGUCGUGGCGCCGACGAGGGCCUGGUGGGGAGCAUGACAUCAUCGCAAGCAUGGCUUUCUGAAUUUCAUGUCGAGGACAAAAGCUCCCAGCAAUCGAAUGUGGUCUCCAUGAGCCAGCUCGGAAGCAUCGCUGGAGCGCUCCUGGCUUUUUUUGCCGUUGAUAAACUUGGUCGCUUGCAGACCGCGCGGCUCUGUUGCGUGGUGUGGAUUAUUGGCGUUGUUAUUUGGAUUACCUCUGCGGGAAGUGUGGGGCAAACUUAUGCAGGCCGCUUCAUUGCAGGGAUUGCAUUUGGCGCCAUACCUGUGACGUGCCCAUCAUUUUUGGUCGAACUCGCGCCUCCCACCAUCCGUGGGCUUACAGUGACUGUAUUCUCAGCGUCUGUGUAUGUCGGAAUUGUCCUAUCCUAUUUUGCCAAUUAUGGCUCCCAACAAGGGUUUCCCCCUACGUCGUCAAAGACCUGGCAGGUACCUGUGGGGAUGCACCUAGUGUAUGCGGGUAUCUUGCUGCUGAGCACCAUUUACGUGCGCGAAUCGCCUCGAUACCUUGUCAAACAGGGCAAGCAUACCGCGGCACUCGACAAUCUGUCCUGGUACAGGAACCUGCCCAAAGACGACGCGCGCAUACGCGCCGAAAUGCACAGUAUUUCGUUUGAGUACGAAAAGGAAAAGGCCGCCAUCGGCGGAAAGAGCUUUUUGCACCGGCUUAAAUCACUUUUCUCUACCUCAGCAAAUCUGUACCGGCUGUUUGUCGUUGGGUUUGGUAUUCAGAUUUUAAGCCAAUGGUCGGGCGGUGGAAGUCUUACCAUUUACGCGGAAAAGAUUUUGCAGUUGGUGGGUGUAAAGAGCAAUGCGUCAUUGUACACCACAGGCAUUUUUGGUAUUGUCAAGCUCUUCUCUUCUUUGCUCUGUGCUUUUUUUCUUGUCGACUUUUUGGGACGGAAGCGCUCCGUGUUUCUUGGUAUUGGGUUGCAGACACUUGCCGCGCUGUAUCUUACCAUCUACCUCUCCAAAGUGAAUCCCAGCAAUGAACAGGAAUCACCUUCCCAGCACCGUGCAUCCAUUGCGGCCAUUGUAAUGGUGUUUAUUAGCGGCGUGGGCUGGGCACUUGGUUUCAAUUCGAUCCAAUAUUUGAUUGGCGCAGAGAUAUGGCAGAUGGAACUGCGCGGCUUGGCAACGUCGCUGAUCAUGGCGCUGCACUUUGCGAACCAGUAUGGCAGCAGUCGCGCCAUCCAGCCCAUGCUUGAUGCAUUUGACCGCUGGGGACUCUUUGCUUUUUGGACGGUUAUUGGCAUCAUUGCCUUACUUUACAUUCUGUUCUUUAUUCCGGAGACUGCAGGCAGGAGCCUGGAAAGUAUGAAUGCGCUAUUUGACAAGAGUUGGUUCCAGAUUGGCUUGAUGUCCACUAUGCACCAGACAUUUCCCACAGACCAGGAAAAGAUGCUAUCAGAGCAAACCCAAAUUGAUGGAGAAUCGAUCGCGAGCGAGCACAAGGGCCAGAAAGACUACGCCGAAAUCCGGAUCGAGACGCGCGAUGUCUGA